GGGAAAGUCGCACGUAUGCAGAACAUUAAAAUACAAAAUCAGCAGAAUAAUUUAGAUUUACCAGACAAACCGGAAAGUAAAACUUUACUAGAUCGUUUUCUGGAGGCAAAUGAGAAAGACAAUGUUUCGUUUCCUGAUGAAGAUUUGAGAGCAAACGUAACUUCGCUUCUAUUUGCAGGUCAUGAUACAACAGCGAUUUCCAUCAGUUGGGCACUUUUUUGUAUAGGCAAUGAUCUCAAAUGUCAAGAAAAGAUUCAUGAGGAACUGAAAGAGGUUUUCAAAGAUUCUCAAAGACCAGCUAGUAUUGAAGAGCUCUCGCAAUUAAAAUAUCUCGGGAGAGUUAUAAAAGAAUCGCGCAGAUUAUAUCCAAGUGUACCCUUAGUUAUGAGAAAAAUAUCAGAAGAUAUAAAAAUGGACAAUUAUAUAAUUCCGAAAGAUACUUCGGUCGCAGUGCAAAUUCUGUUGGUUCAUCGAAAUCCAGAAAUCUGGUCGAAUCCAUUAAAAUUUGAUCCAGACCGUUUCUUACCUGAGAAUUUGAAACAGAUACAUCCAUACGCUUACAUCCCGUUUAGUGCUGGACCAAGAAACUGCAUGGGACAAAAAUUCGCUAUAUUCGAAGAAAAGAUCAUAUUAGCAGCCAUACUCAGAAAGUGGAGAGUGAAAAGCAUAGAAACGCAUGAGGAAAUGACCGUAGAUAUGUCUCUGGUUUUAAAACCAAGACAGGGAUCAAUGUAUCUUCAUUUAUUACCACAAAAAUAGAAAGCUAUCAUGUUUGAUGCAAAAAA